AUGUCAAUCGAAGUUGACUGGAGGACAGCCACCUCUGGGCCGGACGGUGAGGCUCUGGCCGAGCGAAUCCGCUCCUUCAUCCAUGACAAGUUCCAGCAGGUGGCCCUCCCACGUUUUAUCCGAUCAGUUCAAGUUCACUCGUUCGACUUCGGGACUAUACCUCCUGAUCUUGAGGUGAAGGAUAUCUGUGAGCCGUUUACCGACUUCUAUGAGGAGGAUGAAGAUGACGAAACGUCCGAUGUGUCCGAGGAGCUGGUCUCCGGGCAUGGUACCCAGUGGCACCGGGAACGCAACGAGCCCACAUUUCACGAGGAAAUGGCAAUGAAUCGCCCGUUACGAGACCCAUUCGAUGAAGCUUUCCACUCAUCGGCUUUGCGCUCACCAAUGGAACACCUGAACCCUCACUUCCUUCCCCGUGCGGGCACUCCGGGUAUUCCUGGCGGAACUUCUACGUUAGGAUACCACCUUAUGUCCCUUGGUGGAUUGUCGGGGACACAAACUCCCCUUGCCGCGGUUGCAGGUGGUACACCGUUCGCAAACGGCUGGACCGACCCUGGAAUGGGCGCAAGCAGCAGGGGCCAUCCAUCCAUCUCCGGCGCGGCUGUGGUGCAUCCAUCUCGCAUGGAAGCUGAUAUCGACACUAGCAAUCCUACCUCACGUCCUUCGACCUCUAGUACGCUCCCUUCUCAUCCGUCCGCGUCCAAUCAGCCCAGCGGUGAUGCCACAACAGGAAAGGACCACGGACCACUCGCCGAGGAUGAACAUAUGGAGGACCCCAUGGCCUCAGGACAUCCUCUUCGGCUGCCCCCUCGCAUGCGCGAGCGCCGACCGGAAGAUUUUCAAGUUCUUUGCCACGCUAAAUACGCCGGGGAUGUGCGGUUAUCAUUAACCGCAGAGAUUCUUCUUGAUUAUCCCAUGCCUAGUUUUGUUGGGUUGCCACUGAAACUCAACGUAACGGGAAUCACAUUCGAUGGGGUUGCAGUCAUCGCGUACAUCCGAAAACGAGUUCAUUUCUGUUUUUUGUCCGCGGAAGAUGCUGAUGCACUGAUCGGGUCUGACCAGCAAGAAGCGAGAGGCCAGGACGAUCGCCCAUGGUCUAGUGCUGACCCGACCGCGUCCCCGAAGCGCCAGGGAGGCUUAUUGCAAGAAAUCCGAGUUGAAAGUGAGAUUGGUCGGAAGGAAGAUGGGAAGCAAGUCCUGAAGAAUGUCGGCAAGGUUGAGCGCUUCGUUUUGGCCCAGGUCCGUCGCAUCUUCGAGGAGGAGCUAGUUUUCCCUAGCUUUUGGACGUUUCUUAUCUGA